UUAGCUUGCCUUCAAACAAUAAUAUUUCUACCAAGUCUCUUAAUAUGGAAACAGAAAUGUCUUUCUUGUCUAAAAGUUCAAGUAGUAGUUCUAGUGAUGAUGAUAUUGAAUUGAGGAGAGGUCCAUGGACUAUUGAAGAAGAUAAACUCCUUGUUCAUUACAUUACUAAUCAUGGCGAAGGACGAUGGAAUAUGCUAGCGAAACAUGCUGGAUUGAAGAGAACAGGCAAGAGUUGCAGAUUGAGAUGGUUGAAUUAUCUUAAACCGGACGUUAAACGGGGAAAUCUCACUCCUCAGGAACAGCUCCUGAUUCUUGAACUUCAUUCCAAAUUGGGCAACAGAUGGUCAAAAAUCGCGCAAUAUCUACCUGGAAGAACGGACAAUGAAAUCAAGAAUUACUGGAGAACGAGAGUGCAGAAACAAGCUAGGAAUCUGAAGAUUGACUCGAAUAGUGCAGCAUUUCAAGAAAUGAUUCGUUCUUUGUGGAUCCCGCGGCUUCUUCAGAAGAUACAGAGCUCCUCUGUUCCGCCAUCAAUUCAGGGUUCACAAUCAUCAACCCCUCCAGGUUUCAGCACCAGCACCAGCAGUAAUUCGAGUUCACAUUCCGGUAGUAUCUAUAAUUCUCCCAAAAUUACUUCAGAAUGUCCUCAAAUUACACCACGCGAGAUUGAUGAUUCUGACUUAAAUUCAUUCGUCAAGGCUCAUUUUCCAUUUGACAACAGUUAUGAGAUGGAUAAUUUUGGACAAUUCGAAACUGGAAACUUUAAUGAGGUGAUGGAUUAUGAUCAAAUUAGUGGAGAUCAAAACAAGUUGAAAGGUGAUGUUAUAGCUGACAGUUUUUGGAGCAAUAUGGAUGAUUUUUUCUACCAAAAAACAGGAUAUGAGCAAUUGUAAAUAGUACUAGUAGUAGUUGAUAUGGCUUGAUUGA